GAAGAAGAAGGAGAAUCGCGCAUGCGCACAAACAACGUUGUGCGGGCCUUGCGACUGCAUUCCCUGCCAAAUUACCGUGUUCUCAUUAUGCUGUACUUUCAACCGUGUUUAUGCAUGACUAAUCGCCCGUAUCGUUCGUAGAGAUAAAAGGCAAUAACGUAUAGUAACAGCCCAUUUUGAAGGUACACAGAGAGGGUCGGAAGCAGCCCGGGGACACAAGAGGCCGCCAUGAAGCUGACGGACAAUGUGCUACGGAGCUUCAGAGUAGCGAAGGUUUUCCGGGAGAACUCGGACAAAAUAAACUGCUUUGAUUUCAGUUCUAAUGGCGAAUCAAUCAUAUCAAGCAGCGAUGACGAUUCUUUAGUCUUGUACGACUGCCAGGAGGGGAAACCCAAGAGGACCCUGUACAGUAAAAAGUAUGGAGUGGAUUUGAUCAGGUACACACAUGCGGCCAACACAGUGGUCUACAGUUCCAACAAAAUCGAUGAUACAAUCAGAUACCUGUCCCUUCAUGACAAUAAAUACAUCCGCUACUUCCCUGGGCACAGUAAAAGAGUAACCUCCCUCUCCAUGUCUCCUGUGGAUGACACAUUUAUUUCCGGUUCCUUGGAUAAAACCAUACGACUGUGGGAUCUGCGCUCUCCUAACUGUCAGGGCCUCAUGCACCUCCAGGGGAAGCCAGUGUGCUCUUUUGAUCCAGAGGGUCUCAUUUUCUCCGCUGGCAUUAAUUCAGAAAUGGUUAAACUUUAUGAUCUGCGCUCAUUUGAUAAGGGUCCCUUUGCCACAUUCAAGCUUCAGUACGACAGGACAUGUGAGUGGACGGGACUCAAGUUCAGUAACGACGGAAAGCUCAUCCUUCUUUCUACAAACGGCGGCGCUCUUCGGAUUUUGGAUGCCUUUAAGGGAGCGGUGCUACAUUCCUUUGGGGGAUACAACAAUAACAAAGGUGUAACGCUGGAGGCGUCAUUCACACCUGAUUCGCAGUUUGUUGUUAUUGGCUCUGAGGACGGAAAGAUCCAUGUGUGGAACGCCGAGAGUGGCAUGAAGGUCGCCGUCUUAGACGGCAAGCACACAGGGCCCAUCACCUGUCUUCAGUUCAACCCCAAAUUCAUGACGUUUGCAAGCGCCUGUUCCAACAUGGCGUUCUGGCUUCCUACCAUAGAUGACUAAAGUCCACCAACAAGGAGUAGUACUGCAGUGAACGCCACAUUCAUGUGUUAGUGAGGUUAAAAUUCAAAAAUGUAAAUAUGUUAUGUGCAGAAUUAGAAUUGUGUCUAUUUGUUUUUUUAUAUACAUAUAUUUGUAUUCAAAAUUAAAAACAUUCCUCGGAAACUA